ACAUUAUUAUAAGGAGAGGAAAAAAAAAAACACAGAUUAAUCGACUUCACUUCUGAUUUCUUCUCCUACCUUGUUCUUUUCUUCCUUUCCCAAAAAUAAAAAUUUUUUAAAAAUGGAUCACGAAGUCACUAAGAAAAUCACGGCCAUGUUUGAUAACCGGCGGUUAAACCGCUCCGGAUCAUCACUGUUCACAGCGUUUGCUUCCACAGUAAUAGCUCUGGUCAUUUUCACGAUCGUUCUCGUCUCUAAUCUAUCGGUGAGGGAUUACUCGGCCAAGUUGGUGACGAUAGAGAUCAAGACAGUUGUUCCUUACUUACCUCUAAGCUUAGAGAAGGAGCUAAGUGAAGACACCAACAGUAACUAUUCUACCAAGCAACAAAUCACAGUCAAAGAGGUUAACAAUCUUCAUGUUAUUGAUGUUUUUGGAGGCAAAGGCCUGUCUGAGAAGUUUCAACAGAGAGCAACAGAGUUUUUGAGAGAUGAUUGUGAGGUCAACUUCAUGAUGACAUGGAUCUCACCUGCGGAGUCGUUCGGUAAGAGAGAGGUUUUGUCCGUGGAAAGCGUCUUUAAAUCUCAUCCUCGAGGUUGUUUGAUCAUUUUAUCAUCAACAAUGGAUUCUCCUCAAGGGUUCAGAAUCUUGAAACCGUUUCUUGAUCGUGGUUACAGAGUUAUGGCGGUCACCCCGGAUUUGCCUUUUCUUCUCAAAGGCACAGCCGGAGAAUCGUGGCUUGAAGAGAUUCAAACCGGUAAAAGAGAUCCUGGAAAGGUUCCUCUACCUCAGAAUCUGUCAAAUCUCAUGAGACUGGCGUAUCUGUUCAAAUUCGGAGGUGUUUAUUUGGACACAGACAUGAUUGUUCUCAAGAGCUUUAAAACUCUUAGGAACGUGAUCGGUGCACAGACCCUCGAACCGGUUUCGAGAAACUGGACGAGACUGAACAAUGCGGUUCUGGUCUUCGACAAGAACCACCCUUUCUUGCUCAAAACCAUUGAAGAAUUCGCGUUGACUUUCAAUGGAAACGUUUGGGGACAUAACGGACCGUAUCUUGUUUCUCGAGUGGCUCGAGCCGUGGAAGGAACCACUGGUUAUAACUUCUCCAUCAUGACACCUCCUGCGUUUUAUCCAGUGAACUGGAUUGAGAUUGAGAAACUAUUCAAAGUUGCAAGAACAGAGAAAGAUUCGAAGAGAGUCCAAGUCAAGGUUCUUGAGAUGCAGAAGAGAAGCUACGGGUUGCAUCUGUGGAAUAAGUUUAGCAGCAAAUUCGAAAUUGAACAAGGCAGUGCCAUGGAUAAAUUGGUUUCAGAUCACUGUCUAAUCUGUGACAGUGUUGUCUCUGUAUCGUAAAGACUUUAUUUUAUUUUUUUUCAUUUCUGUAAGUUAACUUACAUUGUAGAAUAGCUUGUAAAAUUGUAAUUAACAAUGAAACCCUCGGACUUUUUGUCUUU